AUGUGGUUUCAAACCGCAGCCCCACUGGCCCGCGCGCGCGCGCUUCGUCUGGCGCCGGCUGUACAUCAACAGCAACGCACCUUUCUCAACUGGAUUAAGCGCCAGUUCCAACUGUCCCAGCUCCGUUCCCAAUGGGGCUUCAAGGAGGAGGAAUUCACAAAGGAUGCUGCCGCCGCCUACCAGGCCGUCUUGGACACGGUCAAUGCCCGUGACGUAUCGGGCCUGCGCGCCAUGCGCCGGGCCAUCCACCCCACUGUCAUGCAGAAACUGGAAAAAUUCAUGAAGACAAACACGCAACAUGUGGACAUGGAAGUUUACGAUGCAAAGAUGGAGGGUCUCGUGGGCCGCAUGAAGGAGGACCCCCAGAAUCAAGAAUCCACGGCCUAUGUUAUUAUGAUUAUGAAGGCGCGUCUGCGCACCACGGUUUUGGGACAUUGGACCCCUGAGGAGCUGCACCGCUUAACCACUAGCCCAGACCCUGGCACCAAGUCCACAGAGGCAGAGACUGACGCCAAGCCAGCCACAGGCCCUAGUCAACCAGCUCACAGCGAAGACCUACCCGACCGCGUUGUCGAGAGCCAUUGCAUGUUUGUGUUUGAGUCGCCUGUCGUGCGCCUGCAGACCGACUACCGAUACUCCCCAGACCUUGUGCCAGAACCCGACUGGCAGCUGGUUGUUAUUAGCGACCCUGUACCAUCUGGAGACGCACACUACAGCAUCACCGUCUUUGACGACCCCAACCAAGCGCAUGACCGUGAUGAUAAAGAGGUUGGCCAACGGCGUACGACACAGCAUACCCGCGACUACGAUCGUCCGCGCGCUCAAAAUGGCGACGAAGAACACGAUCAACGCCAUCAUAACGAUGACCGUGGUGCCCAAAAUGAAGCAUCAUCAGCACGUGGCCGCGCCAGGAGCCGCGCUCGCAGCCACGAAGCGCGCCAGCCCCGGCGCCGGGGACGUCGCAACAACUAA